AUAACACAAUUCUGAACAAGAAUCAAACAAUAAUACUAAGCCAUUUGUUUCUGAAUAGCGAAUAAAUUGUUUACCCAUAUUCGCUUAGGAAUUAGUUUAAAAGUAUUUUAAAAUAAGCGUGUGGAGUGAUACGAUCUCAAUAUUAUCUCACCUAUCUAUGCAUUUAUUAGAUGGUAUUUCCAUUUUUACUGUUUAAUAUGUUGAUGAAAUAAUAGCCAAUAUUGUCUAACUUUUAUUAACAAAUUUUAAAGUUCAACCUCCGACUGCCAAUCUAUGCCCAUAGCUAAGUUGGCCUCUGAAAACAACUUCAAUAAAUUUUAAAAUAUAACCAAUUGUUUUUGAUAAUGAAAUUGGCUAACAAAAACUUGUACAAACUAUUUAAGAGUGCUGGACUUGAUUUGGCCACUUUGACUUUGCGCCGUCAGAUUGAAAUUAUUUCGGUGUAUCUUACCUGGAUACAUCUUGUAAUGGAGAUCUGCAGCCUGGCCUUGUAUUGCUCGGGUUCAGUUACCAAGAGUUUCCAAACGAUUCAUCUAUUGGUUGGAAACAGCUUCCAGCUCAGUGUUUAAUAAUGGUUCUCCCCAAUGUCGUGACCUGUGAAUGGUUGAACUUUCAAGUAAUUGGUAACCAUCCUUUAGUUUAUUUCGACCAAUAAAUUUUCCUUUAAAAUUGUGUGAGUAAA